AUGAUAAAAAUCAAAGAGUAUUACACUAUGGAAGUUCAUGAUGAUCGUGGUCAUGAUCAAGAUCAAGAUCAGCAGUUGAACAUGGUGAUCAAGAGAAGGCGGACUAAGAGACCUAGGCCGCCUUCUCCUCUAACUUUAGGGAUUACUACUAGCUCAUGUAGCACCGUGGAAGGUGCUGGUAGUGGUGAAUUGGUGGAUGGACAUGUGGCAAACUCUUCGUCACGUUUGAAUAAUUGUGGUGGGAUGAUUGAUGAUAAGUUUGUCAGAAAUACGAAUCAAGAAGAAGAAGAUAUGGCGAAUUGUUUGAUUCUUUUAGCACAAGGUCAUAAUUACCAAAAGUCAUCGUCGUUGUCUCAAUCUCCAACGUUAGAUGUUUAUCAAUGCAAGACAUGCAAUCGUUCCUUCCCAUCUUUCCAAGCACUUGGUGGACACAGAGCAAGUCAUAAGAAACCAAAAACCCUAGAUGAUCAAAUCAAGAAUUCGAAAUCAAGUGAUCAUCAUCAACAAGUUGAGAAUAAUAUUCGUCUUAAACUGAACAACAACGAUGAUCAUGUCACAACUCUAUCACUCCAAAUCCCAAGCAACAACAACAACAAUAACAACAAGAAUAAGAAUAGGGUUCACGAGUGCUCGAUUUGUGGGGCCGAGUUCACCUCGGGUCAAGCAUUAGGUGGACACAUGAGAAGACAUAGGCCAUUACCAAAUAGUAUUGCAAUUGCAUCAAAUCAUCAUAUCCAUGAAGAGUCUCACUCUCAUCAUCAUGAUCAACAAAUCAAGAACAACACAAGGACAUUUUUGUCAUUGGACCUUAAUCUCCCGGCGCCGGAAGACGAUCACCGGCCGGAAAAUUCUAAAUUCACCUUUGCUACAAAAGAACAAGUCAUUGUCUUCUCAGCUUCACCUUUGGUUGAUUGCCAUUACUAAAUCAUCAAAAACACUCCCUUUAUUUUUAUUUUUAUUUUUUUAAUCUUGAAUUAUU